AUGUCAACCAGGCCUGAAUGCGUGUUCACCCGUGACUACGUGGAUAGCAAUAGAAUAAAUCUGCAGCAUUACAUCUGGGUGGAGUUGUUCGGUUAUCGCAUUCACCCACAGAUACCCGUCUCACUGCCCAACCUCAGAGUUGCCGAUGUGGGAACUGGAACGGCUGCUUGGAUCACUGAUCUCAGCCCACACUUGCCAUCUGCUCAGCUAGAUGGUUUGGACGUAUCAUUUGACGCCGCGCCUCCGCGCGAAUGGCUCCCACCUAAUGUGACCCUGCGUUCCUUCGACGUGAAGGGUGAUGUGCCAGCAGACCUAUUGGGAUGCUACGAUGUCGUCCACAUCCGCAAUUUCGCCUUCGUCCUCCUCGAUGAGGAGCUUGCCCAAGCCCUCAGCAACCUGGCCAAGCUUCUCAAACCGGGUGGCCAUCUCCAGUGGGGCGAGUAA